GCUCGAAGUACUGUACUGACUUCUCGCCACAGUUACGAGACCUCCGGAUACUUUCGAUUUUGUAUUUCCCAAGUUAUGGAUGGAUAGCCUUCAAGUUGUUGAUCAACUAUGCUAGAGGAAAUAUAAUGACCUGUAGUUGUUAUCGGGAAGAAGACAGGAUCUUUGGAAAACAUUGAUAUUCCUGUAGUUUAUGUUAACGUUACCUCUCCAAAAGUACAGGUAGGCCUAUGUGGACUUGAGAUAUCAGGACACACAUUUAAACUUCGAACGCACUAUUCCUAGCUGAGGAAUGCUCAACUCCGUUCCUCAGCUAUACUUUCCCCAAACUUUUUCUUGAGUGGGGCAUUUGUUCUAAUUAAACAGUACAAAAUUGUAUUAUACACUGUAUAGCCUUUUUACACAGUGUGUUAUUUUUUAUUGGGCAGAGGGUAUGGCUUGUUAUGGGUGAAUUAAUGUAGAUUUGUCAUGGUUUCUCAUUCUCAACCUUACGUCUAUAAUAGUCUAGGCUAUUUCCGGGUGUACACUAUAUGACUUUCAGGACCCUAACAUCGCUGAGCCUCACACCCUCCCGUUGUCCUAGGGUCAAAAUGACCCGCCACUGUGUUGAACCCAAAAAUAUAAAAAUUAAAUAAAGUUGGUUCAACACAGUGGCGGGUCAUUUUGACCCUAGGACAACUGGAGGGUUAAACGACCGUCUUUCAUGUUGUAGUUUUUUUUGUCUUGCCAAUGUAGUUGUGCCACACUAAACGAUAUUGCGCCGACGGCGGUCACACACCGCAAGAUAUUUAACUUGGUCGUGAGGAUUGUCGAUACAACGUUGUCUCGCAAAAACAAUGCUUGUGCACUUCACCGCUGUAACGAUUUGGCACUUCGGCUUUGGUUAAUUAAAGGCAAGUACAGACACAUACUAGUAGUAGUCAUCGCUCCGGUUCGAGAGUCUACACAUUCUGGCUGAUGCCAAACAACGUCAUCAUCUCACUGGCUUCUUCUCUGGCGAGCUCUCAUUGGCUAUCCGUGAGCACCGUUCUCAAAACUUGUCAUUGCAUAUCUCACACUACAAGAACAUUGCAGAUUGUGUGCUGAUAAAAUCAAACGUUUGAAAAUAUCGGGACGUCUGGGACUGCUCAAAGACGAGAUCGGUAGCCCUCAGAUUGCGUCUCUGACGGCUGCGCGCCCAGAGUAGGCAAUGACAUGGGGAUUUUGUCUCCGAUCUUGAAUACUUAUCUGGGACAGCUAAAGCGGGGCAAAUUCGUGUAGUGUACACCCGGCUUAACAGACAAACAGAUAUUUUAAUAGAGACAUAUUACUGUUUUAUAUAAUUAUGUGAGCCUAAUCUUCUAAAAAAUGUUUAAACAGGAGCUCUUCUAUAGAAUAUAAAUGUAUUGUUUUCCCCCCAUGGUUUCCUCUCUGCUUUUUAUGUGAGGUGGAAGUUGAAAAUUAGACAAUUCUAGAAAAUAAUAAUGCUGGGACAAACUAGAAAAUUCACUGAGGCCCCUAGGGGUCCCCAGCCCACUGAAAGUUGAAAGUUGUUGCACUAGAGGGCUAUCCAAUUGAUUACUCACUUAGGCUAAUUGAUAUUUUCAACUGACAACAUAUUAGUACCAUGUACAGAGAUUGUAAGUUCACAAUAUGUAUUUAUAGAUAUCAAAUAUAGCAAUCAUAUUGGUUUUUCCACAGGAGAUGGAUUUCCAAAGGCUGCUAUUGCAGGUGGAACAAGCCCUGAGCAGUGAAGAAGUACAAUCGCUUGCAUUUCUUUGCAAAGAUUUACUGGAGAAAGACCUGAGCUCAGUGACCACAGCAAGUAAACUCUUCUCUCUUCUGAUGGACCAACAACUGUUAUCCCCUGAUCAACCUUACUUGCUUGCUGACCUACUACUCACCAUCCAGCAGCAAUGCUUGAUGCGAGGCCUUGGCCUCAACAACCAGCUAUCAACAACCAGUAGCCUCAUCUCACCUUAUAGGUGAAUAUAUAGGCUACAUUUACUAUAACCUCAUCCCCAGGCUUAGUGUGGGCGGAAAUGGCUGGCAAUUAAAUUAUUACUACAUCUGAGUCCAUACAACAUCUUCCCCCACAAUUGAAAUCAGACAAAGCUAACUUCCCAUUCCUAACACGAAUAUAAACACUUGUUGUGUUACAGCUUAUCACUCCAUAUACUGUACUGUAAUAUGAUGUUCUCUGAAAAGUGAAUGAUUCAUUGUAUUUAACCAUCUGCAGAAAAAUGCUGUAUAACCUGUCAGAGAACAUCACUAAAGAUGAAUUGAGGGAGAUCAAGUUCUUGUUGUUGAAUGAACUCCCUCGUAGAAAACUGGAGGACAACGUGGUGAGUAUGUCAGAACAGUCUGAAAUUCAAUAUUUGUUGUCCAGAGUAGGGCAGUAACCUAUUAUUUAUUGCAAUAUAAGUAGAAGGAAUGGUUAUCUUGAUGGACCAACUGACUUUACACAUUUUGCUUUAUUCUUCCAGACUACCUUGCAAGUAUUCCUGGAAAUGGAGAAAAUGGAUAUUUUGAGCAUCAAUAAACUAAACACUCUUGAAAGCAUUUUUGAAAGUGUCUCCCCCAUGUUGAAAACAACAAUCAAUAAGUAUAAGACACAGUAUUCCUUACCUGGUAAAUCACUUAUCUGCUGAACAAUCCAAUCCCUUGCCUGUCAAUGAUUUAGAACAGGGAUAUGACUGAGAUGUUUUAUGCUAUUCAAUCAGGGCCAGUAACUCAAGAGACAGGGGUGGGACAGUUAAGACCAAGGUCUGUGUCUGAAGCUUGUCCACAAAUCCAGGUAACAUACAAUGCUCGUCAGCACUCCCUUUUCUUUCUUAUAUUAUCUUGAUAUCCAGUACUUAUGGACACAUUUCAGUUUCUAUCUUGAUAAACUACUACAGUAUAAUCCUCACAGAUUUUCAUGACUGUUUUAUUUGUUUUCCUUCAGGCUGCCUCCAUGCGUCCAAAGAGGCCUGUCUCUUGUGAACUAUCAGGUAGAUUGGAGCUGUGACUACCCACUGGGCACCAACUGGUUGAAUCAACGUUAAUUCAACGUAAUUUAUCAACGUAUUGUAGCGUGCAAUCUACGUAGAAAAUACAUUGGAUUUGAAAAAAGGAAUCAACGUGUUUUGAGGGUGAAAUUUAAACCACAGAAUUAUGUUGUCAUUGUGACUAAUCUUCAACAUAGACAAACCUUGUAUAACAUAUGUUGAAUUUGUACCUUUGAAACAACGUCAGAUCUUCAACUUUAUAUCCACUAUAUAUAUAUAUAUAUAUAAAAACACACCAUAGGCUGGGCAGCACCUCCUACUGGAGAGUUGAUCUACAGCUCUUAAUUUGGUCUCAAGCCCCGCUUUUAUAUUUGUCACUGACUACUAUCAAUGUGCUAUCGUGAGAAUUAUUAUUGAGUGACCUCUUAAUAACUAAAUAUAUUCACUGUUGCUAUUAAAGUAAUUCCAAAGGGUAGAUUUAUCAGAGCAAAAAUUAAAUGUAACCAUACUUUAUCAGUCAAAUAUCAUCAAUGAUACUAUUUAGGCCUAUCUAGCGUUUGCAAAGUCAUCAACAGCUGUUGUUUCAAUUCAACCCAGGGUUAAACUAAAAAUAGACAAUACAUAUGCUUAGGGUUUCAAGCUUUGGUUGAUUUAAAAUGUAAUCUUCAAGUUAAUGGGGCGGCGGGUAGCUUAGUGGUUAAGAGCGUUGUGCCAGUAACCGAAAGGUUGCUGGUUCUAAUCCCCGAGCCGACUAGGUGAAAAAUCUGUCGAUGUGCCCUUGAGCAAGGCACUUAACCCUAAUUGCUCCUGUAAGUCGCUCUGGAUAAGAGCGUCUGCUAAAUGAAUAAAAUGUAAAAUGUUAAUCAUUAAUAUGUUGGAUUGACAUCUCCAUCUCAACCAAAAAUCUAAGUUAAAGAAUAUAACUAAUUAAACUUUAUUCAAAGUGCAUUUAAUGUUUGAUUAGAUUAGAUUUAGCACUAUUCUUUAACUUUGUUUUGUGGUUGAGAUGGAGACGUGAAUCCAACCUAUCAAUUAUUAAUUUGUAGACAAACUGGAUAUUGAAUUGUGUUUGGUUGUCAACGUAACCAAAUAUCAACAUUUGAAGGAGAUGUAUCUUCUGCUUGGAUAGUUCCAUCUGUGCCACUGAAUUAGUCUGGCUUUAAUUCCAGUUUGUCUACAAAUUAAUAAUUGAUAUGUUGGAUUCACGUCUCAAUCUCAACCGAAAAUCAAAGUUAAAGAGUAGGACUAAAUCAAAUUUUAAAUGCACUUUAAAUAAAGUUUGAUUUGAUUUAGUCCUAUUCUUUAACUUUGAUUAUUGGUUGAGAUGGAGACAUGAAUCUAACAUAUACAUUAUUGAUUUGUAGACAAACUGGAAUUUGUUGACAACCAAACAAAAUUCAAUAUAAUUUUGCAAUACAGUAAAUAGCCUAUUAACUUGUCAACAAGUUAACAAAUGAUGUUGGAUUCACAUCUCCAACUACACCAAAAAAAGUUAAAGAAUGGGAUUAAGCCAGUGGCGCUGAUGAAACUAUCCAAGCAUUAGAUAUCCUUUAAAUGUUGAUAUUUUGUUGCGUGUCAACCAAACACAAUUCAAUAAUAUUUUUGCAAUACAGUAAAUAGCCUAAAGUUAAGAAUAUCUUACAAACUAAUGUAACAGUAUUUAUUCAACCAUAAAAUGAGCAACACAUCCAUGGCCACGUUCUGAGUUUAGCCUACUGUAACUAUAAAUGUCUUCUUAUGUAAUCAUAUGAAGCUUGCAUAUUCAAGAUGAUAGCAUGCAUAGGUCAUCGCAGGUCUGUGGAGAUCUUCACAAUUGCUGUAAUAAUCUGUGCAGAAUCUUGGAACAGCAUUGAUCACUUGCACUAUUUACUUUUAAUAUAAUCUCAACUGCAAUUCAAGUCAUUUGGUUGUGCUAUUAGAUAAAGCACAGUGAUAACACAUGAAGUUGUGUAAAUAUAAAAUAUCUGACAUUGUUUUCCCAUUGGAAUUUGGUUGCGCUUUUAGAUGGUUGAAGGCAUAGUGAUAAAACAUUGGGAAUUCAACACACUUCUGGCUGUCUUUUUGAGUGGGUGAAUAAAGGUUGAAAUCUCAUUGAUCAACGUCUCAACCAAAUAUUACCAACAUUUCAACGUUGAAAUGACAUGGUGUGCCCUGUGGGUACUGUCAAUGUCAAAUCCUCUUCAGUAUGUUAUAACAUGCUCACCUUCCAUUUCCUGUUUGUUUUACACAUUCCAUUUUCUUUUUGUCUUAGUUGAACAGUAUGGCCAUUCUGACGAGACUCUCAUUCCUGACAACUUCUUAAGUUCACAGCCUUCAGCCAAGGUAAGUGUCUAAUGUUCAGUCCAGGUUUUGGGCCACACUUAUUUAUAUGCUUCAUUGGAGCAUACAGCAUGCAUCAACAGGAACACACCACCAGUCUUUACACCAGAGGCUAUGGCCAUCCCUCAUGUCUGUGUAGUCAUUUCCUCUUCUUCCAUCCACAGGUAUCUUCUGUAAAUCGAUCUGACACCUCUCUGGGUAAGUCCCACAAUGAACAUAGUGUGCUGCCCUCUACACCUGUUCUCUGUUUUGGAGUUGUUAUGAUGAGUUUCUAGGAUAUCAAGUAAUCAAGGAUGUAAGAAUAUUAGACACUUUUGAUGGGGAAUUCAUAUUAGAUAUUUAAUAUGGUAACAUGGUUAGUUAUAACAGACAUAGGGACAUGGCCCUUCCUUUUCCAACUUCCUAACUCCAGAACAAAGAUCCACUCUCUCUAUAUAUAUACUCUGUUACAAGUCUCUCCACGAACAUCUGGUAAUCCUCAUGGGCACUCCCAUUCUUUUGAUGUUAUUACCCUUUACCCCUGUCACUAUAUCCUGUCCAUCACUUAUUCUAAGAUCCACAUCAGUAAUCUCCUUUGACAUAAUGGAAUGUAGACUCCGUGGCACCAAACCACUUAUCUAGUAACUCUAACCUUGUCCCCAUGAUACUAUGACAUGACAUCAUAACACUAUAAAAACCUCAUAUCAGGAGUACAGUACAGAACUCACAUGACCUUUUUGUGUGAUCUUGGUCUACCCACACAACAGAUGUUUGGAGUGUCUCACAUAGGCUGAGUCUCCUAAGUACCAAUGGGGACAACUGUGCUGCUCUCAGCAAAGGUCAGUUCAGAAUGUAUAAUGCCAAUCUGCAAAAGGGGCCUGUAGACUCUCCCCUCUCCUACUCGCUCUGUUGGCUCAUUGGCAUUACUAUUACAUUUUAGCUGUAUCAUUGAUGCAUUCUUACCUGAUCCAUGUCUUCUCUCACAUAGAUAAUCACCAUGUUUCAUCCACAUCCUCAUGUGGAGACAAUAAGAACUUUGGCCCAGCAGAUCCUCAGACAGGAAACACCAAACGAGAGGUUUCUCUUAUAAUUAUAUUUUUAAAUGAGCAUUGACAAAGUCAUGUCAGUGCAUGCUUUUACUGAAAACUGACUGAGUAAAGUAAUGUAUAGAUUAUUUUAGGUACACUAGUUGUUUCUGGGAUUAUGGAUUUAUAUAUGAUGUACAGUGCAUUCGGAAAGUAUUCAGAGCCCUUGACUUUUUCCACAUUUUGUUACGUUACCGCCUUAUUCUAAAAUUGAUAAAAUAGUUUUUUCCCCCUCAUCAAUCUACACACAAUACCCCUUAAUGACAAAGCAAAAACUGGUUUUUAGAAUUUUGAGCACAUUUAUAAAAAAAAAAAGCUGAAAUAUUACAUUUACAGAAGUAUUCAGGCCCUUUACUCAGUACUUUGUUGAAGCACCUUUGGAAGCGAUUACAGCCUCAAGUCUUCUUGGGUAUGACACUACAAGCUUGGCACACCUGUAUUUGGGGAGUUUCUCCCACUAUUCUCUGCAGAUCCGGGUUCAAGUCCGGGCUCUGGCUGGGCAACAGGCUGGGCCACUCAAGGACAUUCAGAGACUUGUCCCGAAGCCACUCCUGCGUUGUCUUUGCUGUGUGUUUAGGGUCGUUGUGCUGUUGUAAGGUGAACCUUCGCCCCAGUCUGAAGUCCUGAGCGCUCUGGAGCAGGUUUUCAUCAAGGAUCUCUCUGUACUUUGCUCCGUUCAUCUUUCACUCGAUCCUGACUAGUCUCCCAGUCCCUGCCGCUGAAAAACAUCCCCACAGCAUGAUGCUGCCACCACCAUGCUUCACCGUAGGGAUGGUGCCAGGUUUCCUCCAGACGUGACGCUUGGCAUUCAGGCCAAAGAUUUCAAUCUUGGUUUCAUCAGACCAGAUAAUCUUGUUUCUCAUGGUCUGAGAGUCUUUGAGUGCCUUUUGGCAAACUCCAAGUGGGCUGUCAGGUGCCUUUUACUGAGGUGUGGCUUCUGUCUGGCCACUCUGCUAUAAAGGCCUGAUUGAUGGAGUGCUGCAGAAAUGGUUGUCCUUCUGGAAGGUUCUCCCAUCGCCACAGAGGAACUCUGGAGCUCUGUCAUACUGACCAUUGGGUUCUUGGUCACUUCCCUGACCAAGGCCCUUCUCUCCCGAUUGCUCAGUUUGGCAGGGUGGCCAGCUCUAGGAAGAGUCUUGGUGGUUCCAAACUUCUUCAAUUUAAGAAUGAUGGAGGCCACUGUGUUCUUGGGGACCUUCAAUGCUGCAGAAAUGUUUUGGUACCCUUCCCCAGAUCUGUGCCUCGACACAAUCCUGUCUCGGAGCUCUACGGACAAUUCCUUCAACCUCAUGGCUUGGUUUUUGCUCUGACAUGCACUAUCAACUGUGGAACCUUAUAUAGACAGGUGUGUGCCUUUCCAAAUCAUGUCCAAUCAAUUGAAUUUACCACAGGUGGACUUCAAACAAGUUGUAGAAACAUCUCAAGGAUGAUCAAUGGAAACAGGAUGGAUCUGAGCUCAAUUUAGAGUCUCAUAGCAAUACUUAUGUAAAUAAGGUAUUUCUGUUUUUUAUUUUUAAUACAUUUGCCAACAUUUCUAAAACCCUGUUUUCGCUUUGUCAUUAUGGGGUAUUGUGUGUAGAUUGAUGAGGAAAUUGUUUUAUUUAAUCCAUUUUAGAAUAAGGCUGUAACGUAACAAAAUGUGGAAAACGUCAAGGGGUCUGAAUAUUUUCCAGAAUGCACUGUAUGUAUGUUUUCUUUCUGUAGGAACUGGGAGACUAUUCUAUGACAGGAAAAAAGAGAGGUUUCUGUCUAAUCAUUAACAACCAAGACUUUAGAAAUUCCUCUCAACAGUUGAAAGAAAGAGAGGGAACACACAUUGAUGAAAGUAAGAUCAUCUUUACUUUUAAUACUUAUUAUACUGAAAUACUUCCAAUACUUGUAAGUUGGUUGCUUUUGAAGAACCAGGGCUAAACCACAACCACCUGUAUGUGUUUGUGUUUUAGAAAGUUUGGUGAGUGUGUUUGAGUGGCUGGGCUUUGAGACACAGACUGAGCCAGACUGCAGUCGGGAGAAGAUACUGUCUUUAGUUGUGGAGCUGAGCAACCGGGAUCACAGCCAGAUGGACUGCCUGGUGUGCUGCGUUCUGAGCCACGGCCAGCAGGGAUGUGUUUACGGGGUGGACGGGCAAAAGGUCAGUGUCAGGGAGCUCACAGGGCCCUUCUCUGGACUGAAGUGCAGCUCACUGAGGGACAAGCCCAAGCUGUUCUUCAUCCAGGCCUGUCAGGGCACCAAGGAACAAAAGCCAGUGUUCAUCCAGUCUGAUGGCCCAGGACCAAGCUCUACUACCACCAGUUCUAUCUGCACGGAUGCAGUGGUACUCAAAGACUCCAUUCCCAAUGAUGCUGACUUCCUUCUGGGCAUGGCCACUGUGCCUCACUUUGCCUCUUUCAGAGACAAGAGGCAGGGCACUUGGUUCAUCCAGUCGUUGUGCCAGAACCUCAUCAAAUUGGUGCCCAGGUUAGUGCUCAGAGAUGUACUUGGUUUCUCUCUGACAUCAGUAAACAGUGAAUUAUGACAUAAUGAUGUGAGCGUGUUGUUGGUAAAUUAAUAUCAGAUUUUAUUUCCUCUCAUUGUUCUCUCUCUGUCCAGUGGGUAUGACUUGUUGUCCAUCCUGACCAAGGUGAACGAUGAUGUCAGCAGGAUGACCGAUCCCUAUGGCACUAAGAAGCAGAUGCCCCAGCCUGCAUACUCACUCAGAAAGAGGGUGGUCUUUCCCAUCCCCAAAGAACCACCUCCCAGACUAUGUGAGCCACAAGUAUUGGCUUGAGACCACUAGAGCAGAUUUCUUUAAUGGUCUUCUCCUUUCCCAUCUAUUCAGGGACUGAUUCAGAAAUUAGCUGAGUGGACUCUCACCAUCAAUAUUAAUCAAUGGGGAAAAUACUAGUACUUGAAUACCACUGCCCUAGACUGAGACUGUCUCCACACUACAUUGCACCCUCUGGGAUCCCUCAAGUAUAAACUGCAGUGUUUUUCCAAAACUGAAAGUUAACUGUUUUUACACCUCGCUGUGAAAUAUAUAAAAAAUGAAAUUCAGAAUAAAUAUAUCCAAAGAACUGUAAAUAGAAGGUUUUAGGAAAUGUUUUUAAAGGGUAUUUUUUUAUGUUGUAGAGGAGAAGCAACAACACCUUAAUAUGCAACUUCUUUCACCUGUUUUCUUCUAAAUUGUCAAUUUCUUAUUCCUUUGCACAUUGACUUCCUAAAUCAAUACAAAUAAAAUGUUCAAUCAAUAUUGAUCAUUUUGUUGUUGCUGCUGUUUCAAUACACCACAGUGUACUCCUUGACACAACAUGGCAUGUCAUACAACACAUUUAAGACUCAUUCUAUGACAGAAGAAUAAAAGAGACGUUCAAACAUGUAUUGGUGUGAUCAUGAGUUGCACUAUGGCUCUGUUGGUUCUUGCGUGAUGCGUGACAUGCGUCUUGGCCCAAGCCGGCUUGUGUUUUUCCCGAAGUCUGACACACGACAGGUCUGUCACAACAACAAGAUAGCCAUCACUAGCAGGUUUGAGCAGAAACGUCCGUGACAGUUGCUCUGGAUGAAGAGGACACAGAGUAUCAGUAGCUUACCACAAUGUCCAGUUGCUCUUGUGUCUGGUGAUAAGCUGUUCUCAAUAAGCUGAUGGUUACAUCCUUCUCUGUCAGCUCACCAGCUAGUACCUGAAAAGCCACACACACUUAGUGACUUCAGAGGUAAACUAUCCCGUUGUCCGAACCACCUAUAAGUCAAAUACAGGUUAACAUUGGUAGCAACAACACUCCUCUGACCUGUAUCUCCUCCUGAAACCUGGCCUGGAGGUCUGCCAUUUCUGCCUCAAAGGCUUUUCUUUGGUUAUCCUUUUCCUGCUCACUUUUGUUCAACUGCUCACGUGCUGUCAAUGAUGAGAAUUAUAGCAUUUCUAAAUGUCAACACUGAAACUGAGGAGCUGUAUAAUAACUCUACUUUGCACAACUGUUAAUAACCUCACAAUGCAUCAGUUGGUCCAUGAGAUCCCUCUCCUGCUCCUCUUUCCAGCUGUUCUCCUUCCUUAGCCAGCUGCUACGCAUCUCCUCAAAUAUACUGUCCUAGAGCAGUAGGGGAAAAAACACAAUUUACAUUUUCAAAAACAAUUCAAACUUUUUUGCAGUACAUUUCACUGACAAAAUGUGAAACACCAAGUUCUGACUGGUGCCAUCUGCCAACAGGUGGCAAGGCUAAUUCACCUUGUAUGUGCGGAAGGAACUUUUGAGGAAGUCAUAAUCUUUCUCCAGCAGGGCUGUGAGGGUUGACAAGUAAAGAAAGGGUGAGAGUGAUAGGGACAGCUUGAAGAGAUCCAGUAUUAGUUUGACUGUUAGGUUGCCACAAGUCAUUGUUUCUUGUUUAAUACCACAUCUCUCCUCUGCACAGCCCUUCUCCCCCUCCAGAGUCUUGGUGUGGAGGGUCACCAAAGCACUGAUCUCUGAUCUGUGGGCCUGCAUUAGCUGCCUGUAAAUCAGAGGGAAGUGGUGACUGGGAAUCAUCUCUUUGUCAAAGGACCUUAUUCCAAUUUGACAGUCCCGCAUAAAAGUGAUUUAUAACAAUGGAACAACAAAGUUGUCUAGGUUAGAGCUUGAAUUUGUCUAUCAUUCGUAGUGUAACCUAGAUGUGCUGUAUACAAUAGACAUUACUUCCCUUCCCACUGAAAGGACGCCACCUCUGCUAGCUGUGUGGGGCAUAAAGUACCUACUCCAUCUCCUGUUGUUGCUGCUGCCUGACUCUCUCAGCUCUCCGCUCUGCCUCGUCCAACAGCUGUGAAACAGAGACAUGA